AGCCAGAGUUGGUGCUGGACUUCAAAACCAGUUCGUAAAUGGAGACUGAAAGCUUCAAUUCCAAAAACAAUUGGACUUAAGAAAACAAGUGGCCGGGCCCCACAUCCAAGACUUGAUUUAUUCAAGUCACUCACAACAGCAGCCCAGGUUGACUUUGAUUCUGUAAUAAAAUCUGAUUGGCCCCCUUGCAUUAGUAAAUGCUAAAAUUUCAAGAACAAGAAUCAGACAGAUAUCACUUUCAACGAACGCCGUGGAAGUGAAAAUGCGGAUCAACCAUAGAGCGUCUCUCCUUUCCUCACCGUUGAUCUCUCUAUUAGUUCUCUCCGGCUUCGUCAACGCAAUCGACGGCUCGCAAUUCACCAUCACCGAAGCCACCAUCGACGACAUCCAACGCGCCUUUACCGCAAACGAACUCACGUCGAGAGAAUUAGUUGACUUGUACCUCGGCCAGAUCGCGAGCUUGAAUCCCCUGCUUCGCGGCGUGCUGGAAGUGAAUCCAGACGCGCGGGAUCAAGCGGACCGGGCCGACCGCGAGAGGGAGGCGGCGGCCACUCAGGGCCGUCGGUGCUCAGGAGAGCUUCAUGGCAUCCCGGUGCUGCUCAAGGACAGUAUAGCCACUGAGGACGCGCUAAACACCACGUGUGGAUCGUACGCGCUGCUGGGAUCGAAGGUACCUAGGGACUCCGGCGUGGUCGAGCGGUUGAGAAGGACUGGGGCUGUGAUCUUGGGAAAAGCCACUCUCUCCGAGUGGUACGGUGUUCGGUCGACAACGAUUCCUAAUGGCUGGUGUGCUCGUGGCGGACAAGGCGUGAAUCCUUAUGUGGAAUCGGGGGACCCAUGUGGGUCAAGCAGUGGACCUGCAAUAUCAGUGGCUGCAAACAUGGUAUCAGUGUCACUGGGAACUGAAACCGAUGGCUCUAUCAUCUGCCCAGCUGAUCAUAAUUCGGUCGUAGGGCUCAAACCCACUGUUGGUCUCACCAGCCGAGCAGGCGUCAUCCCAAUCUCGCCCCGUCAGGACUCAAUUGGGCCCAUCUGCAGAACAGUAACGGAUGCAGUUUAUUUGCUCGAUGCAAUUGUGGGCUUUGAUUCGAGGGAUUAUGAAGCAACAAAGGCAGCAGCUAAGUUCAUACCUGCAGGUGGUUAUAGACAAUUUCUUAAUCAAGAUGGUCUCAAAGGAAAGAGAUUGGGUGUUGUGAGGAAUCCAUUUUCAGACUCUUAUAAUGGAUCCACUGCCAUUCUGGCCUUCGAGCAUCAUCUCAAUGUGUUAAGGCAAAGGGGUGCAACCAUUUUGGAUAAUCUGGAAAUAGCAGAUAUUGAUAUAAUUAUGGAUCCCUCUCAAAGUGGCGAGCUAAUUGCACUGCUGGCUGAGUUCAAGCUCUCCAUUAAUGAUUACCUCGAAGAACUCAUCAACUCUACCGUGAAGUCACUCUCAGACAUCAUUGCCUUCAACCUGAAUAACACUGUCCUGGAAAUGAUGAAAGAGUACGGGCAGGAUGAGUUCCUGGCAUCGGAGAUGACAACUGGGAUUGGGGAGGAAGAGAUAAAGGCAAUCGAGAUGAUGGAAUACUUGUCAAAAUAUGGCUUCGAGAAAUUGAUGAAAGACAAUAAAUUGGACGCAAUGGUGACACUCGGCUCAGACGCUUCCACAGUGCUAGCGAUUGGAGGUUACCCGGCAAUCACUGUUCCCGCCGGGUAUGAAAGCGACGGAAUGCCGUUUGGGAUCUUGUUUGGUGGGUUAAAGGGUACCGAACCAAAGUUGAUUGAGAUUGCUUACGCUUUUGAACAAGCCACAAUGGCGCGGAGGCCUCCUCCGUCGCUGUCAAUGGAAGAAUUGAUUAAAGAACCCCUCCCUGUGAUUGUAUAAGAGGUUUUACAUUUUUGGUGUCAUUGUAACAAAAAGUAGACUAAGGUUUUCUCGUAGGUUUUGUUUGGAUCCACUUACAGUUGAGAGAUUAUCAGUUCAAGAGCAUUAAGCAAGAGGAAUUGUAUGACUAAUUUGGCUAACCCUAAAGUUGGUCUUUUAGGUGGCUUU